AUGGACGCGGCACGAAAAAGACCAUUUGAUGAGCCGAUCGACGCUCGUCCGGCGAAAAUUCCCGAAGAAGCCGGUUGGUUUUUUGAUUUCUAUCUUUUUUGGAAGAUUUCAAAAGCAAUAAACCGAAAAAGCUGUUAUGACGUCGUUACUUGGCUCGUCGCCAAAUGUCCGCCGCCGCCGUUAUCUCAUCAUAAAAGUUUUUCGUUUUUAUUUGCAUUCCGUUUUGUCCACUUUACGGCCUUUCAAAAACACAUUAAGACAGAAACGAAACAUUUCAGAUUUAAAAUGGGGGUGAGAAAUUGUCGGCUGAUUCAUCGUCGGUUUUUAUUUGCAACGAAUUGCGAAACUAAUGGGUUUUUAAGAGCCUCAAAAAAAAAAAAAGAAGAAUCGAGGCAAUUGUGGUCAAAACGUCUCCAAAAAUCAGUACUGUAUUUGAAGAUAAUGAUGAAAGGAUGAACCGUGAACACGUGUAGAAUCUCGAAGGGGAAUGAAGCUUGUAGGCGUUAAACGGAACUGGAAGUUGUUUUGAAACGCACGCUCAGUUCUAGAGAAUUUUCGGAUUCCAAACCAAUAAAUGUUAGGUUUUGCAAUGGUAUGGCUUAAGGUUCAAAAACUGUCGAUUCGCGUUGCCACAAAACAACUUUGUCUCACCAAAAAUGGUUUAAUGCGUAACGGCUACUAAAUAACAGUUCAAUUUGAGUGCGUCAAACCGACUUGAGCGAAAAAGCAUCUGGAAGCGUCAAAGUGAGCUACUAAGUUACGAGUAGGAUGUAGACAAGAUAUCAAUAAUUAAAAAAAGCACUUUAAAUUACUGAAAGUGUGACGCGUUACGAGGUUUUUUCAAGCCUGUCGCACUCAGCCUUAACCUUUUGGAUGUUUUAAAAGUUCCAGACAGCGAAGAAACGGUCGCCAAGAUCGUGAACGCGAUUUUUGGGAACACAGCGCUCGGGCCAAGGGCCCUCGGAGCCGUUAUAGAGCAGCUUCAACUUGAUAAUGUACGAUUUUCUAUCUGGGAAAUGGAUUAAUCUUUCAUAAUGUUAAGGCGCAAAAAGCAGAGACUGAGAGGUUAUUGGCGAAUCUAUCAAAAGCUCCAGCAAAGCCUCCAGUGAGCGCGGCGGGCGGUAUUUUUUUCCUUUUUUUUUCUGCAAAAAGUUUUUAAUCUAAUAUAGGGGUUGUGAUGUCUGCUUCCAAACGUGUUUCAGAAAAUCUCAGUAAGAAACAGCCGUUAAUAAACUCUUUCCCAUUAUUCCAGCAGCUUUUUCAAAAAGUUCAAAAGGACAAGCAGCUGAAAGCCUCUUAUCUUUGUGUUUUUAUAAAUUUAACAUUUCACUUCCACUUUUACGUUGUCUAGCGAAAUAUAACAUUAUUCCAGAAGUUUUUCCCACAAAAUCUAUUUUAGAUAUGUUUUUCGGCUGUGAGAAAAUUCAAUUCACUUUCUCAUCAACUUGUUAACGGACGUGGUUUUUCCUAUCAGCGGAACGCGAUCUUUGAUCAGAAAAGUAUGAAAGAAACAAUUUCCAAUCAGUUUUUUUUAUCGCUUUUCGUAAAGGAAUGGGAACGAGGAAGCUUUCGAAAAUCGAAAAAAGAGGCUAGACGGCUAUUAAAUUCUUGUGGGAUCGACAAUACAUUUUUAUUUCGCUUUUGUUACAUCGAAGAUCUUUUUCUCGAAUGGGGGCAAAAAAAAUCACCAAAGGAAAAAAAUAAUUUUGCAUAAUCUGCAGAACUCGAACAAAACCUAAAAUAAUCCGUAUAAUCAAUCAAGAAUAAUUUAUCCUUUUUUUUAAAAAAUUUUCGGAAAAAAAAUUGAGAAUUUAUUAGAUUCCAAUUUAAAAACUUUACAGUUUUCAGCCAGAUAUUUUGUUCAUUCUCAUAAGCAAAAAAAACUUUUAACGUUGAACCUAUCGAAUUUCAUGAGAACUACAUCAUUUUCCUUUUUCAGCGCCUCCUGUGGCCAAUUUCGCUCAGCCUCAGCCGUAUCCGGGAAUGAUGAUGACACCGAUCGCGAUGUUGCAGUUGCAGAUGGCGCAGAACUUCCAGAACAAUCAGCAGGCCUACCAGAUGUCUCUGAAGGAAGCCGUGCUCCGGGGACAAGUCCCUCCAAAUGCUGUCCCGCAGCACGUUGAGCAGCAAAAGGUUUUCGAUCUUCUUUCUCAUUCUUUCCGAGGUCACCGCGGAAAGCAGAACCCGAAAAAAUUACGUGAAACGGUUAAAGAAUGGCACGCUAUCGAUCUAGAUUUGUUCUCAAUUUAAGAACUCGAUAAGUCUGAGAGACUCACAAAAAGUUUGAGAAAAAGGGAAUGAAAGCAAUCAGAAGGGAGUCCUGACUUCAAUUUAGGAAGUUUGAAGUUGGUCUCUAGAAAAGGUCUGAACAUUUUAAGUGUUGGUUUAUUAUCAUUUUUCUUUCUGGAACUUUGAAAAAAUGGUUCAAGGGUGAAGAAAGAAAUUCAGUAUAUAAACAGAAGUGAAACACAACAAAAAAGACUUUUUCCAAUUAGCUCAAUAUCAUCAAUAAAUCAGUUCUCUGAUUCUUAAAAUUUGAAAAUAACUGACCUACAGAUCCCUGCUCUCGCCGCAGCUCCUCAAAUUUUCCCUCCCGCGGGUCCGCAAAUGAACCCUGUACCCAUGCCUCAUCAGGUUAGUUUUCAUUAGAAAUCAACUCGCAACUUUUCGCAAAAAAAAAAAACAAAAACAAAAAUAUAUUUCAGCGCGGUCCUCGAUCUGUUCCUCAACAGCGUCCUGGUCAACCGCCGAUUAUGCAGAUGGGCGGUAAAUAUUGAAUUUCGUUGAAAAAUAGAUCAAUUUCUCUCAUGAGACUUUGGCAUUUUUCAAAAGGUUUUUUUUCUAACUUAAAUCUUCUCAGCGACCCCAGACCCCUGGAGUAGUUCCUUCAGGAUUCUUUCAGAAAUCCUCAAAGGAACACUUUGAAUAUCCCUCGUUAGUUCUCAAAAUAAAACAUUUUUCACUUAGGACAAAUUCGACAAAAGUUUAAUUGUAUGAUUCGAAUUUAGUUUAAAAUAAUCAAACAGUAUCUGUAUUUUAAUAAGUCCCGAGAUCAAAACCCGUUUUUGAAGAUUCGAAGAUUUCAGGAUUCUUUUCGAAUCCUUCCGAACACAUUCUAAUUUUAUAAUCCUUGUCGUUACUUUUCCCUUUGAUCUUCGGAAAACCAUCUUAUCACCUGGAUUCUUAUGAAAAUAGAAGGCUUCUUUUAUGAAAGCUUUGAAAAGAAUCCUUCAGGAGUCCCUCCGAAUGGACAUCCUAUGAACAUGUUCAACCCCAUGGUCACAGUCCAGAUGCCAGUUGUGUCACAAGCUCAGCUGAAACACCAUGAACACUUCCAUUUGAAUGCGCAGGUAGGACGAAUAAAUGGAAAUUUGGAAGAAAAUUCAUCCUUUUUCCAGGCCGAGUUCUACCGCCAGAGGCUGCGCGAAGUCGAGCAGCUCAUGAAACAGAACGAGGAAUCUUCCAAAGUCAAAAAUCAGCAGGAGCCUAAGAAGAACGAAGUCGUCAACUUGGAUCCCAAACCCAUGCAGGUUUUGCAGAUUGAGAUAUUUCUGAAAUAAUCGCGUCAUUUGGAGACUCUGAAGCCGAUGCUCCUGCAUCCGAUGAUCAGACCUCUUCCGGCUCAGCAAAACCAACAGGGCGUCAUUUUCUCGGCCCCCAAUUUCGUUCAGCAUCAUGUUCCUCAGCCCUUGAUGGUGAAUAAUAACGAAAGUUGAUUCACUUAUGUAACUGACCUCAGUUGAAAAUCAAAAAAUCUUUCUUUUUUUUGCGGAGGCUUUAUUAGAAUUCGCAGACAUGAAGAUUUUCAAUCUUACAUUAAAAAACCUUUUGGAAUUUCCAGAAAACUUUGGGCUUUUGUUUCAGGCGCAGCAACAACGCCCGCAGAGCUUCCAGAAUCCUCACCCGAUGCAGUUCCCUACGCAAAACCAAAUCCUAUCCCAAACUCCGUCGCCGUCUUUCACUCAACAGACGCCUAAAAACACCGAAGCAAGACCUGAAAACUUCCUGAAUCGUCCGAUUCCGAUCCGGCAGCCAGUGAUCCUCGAGAAUGUCCCGUCGUCGUUGGAGAAGCUCCAGGAGUCCUCGCGAAUCCUGACUCCGCCCCAAGGCGAUCUGUCUCCGGCCGUUCAUCACCAGCAACCCGACGAAAACCAAGUGUUUUCCAGCUUCUAAUCACAACUUUCAACGUUUUACCUUUUCCAGAACUCCCGGUGUUCUUCAAAGACUGUUGUCGGCCAAGCCGAGGACCUUCCAAUGACGGAGGUCAACGAUUCAGAAGACGUCAACGUCGUCGACGUCGAGGAGGAGGACGAGAGAGAUUCCGCAAACAAUUGGUCCGUCGUCACUAUCGCCCUCCCCACUCGACUUCAUAAAAACUGUGAUUGUUUCAAAACACUCUCACAUUAA